AAUUAAUUAAAACAAAGUGGGAAAAAUGGCGGAGGUGCGUGGUGUCUCAGCUCUGCAAAGUGAGAUUGCAAAAGCAAGGGAAAAUUUGAAAGGUGUAGAUGAAAAUAUCAAGAAAUUGACUGGAAGAGAUCCAACAGAAAGAAGACCAUUUUCUGGGCCUCGAAGACGUGUGGUAUCUGCAUCUGGAGAUCUUAGGGGUAAUGAGCGAAUUUUCAACCAAGCCAGGAGAGAAAUUGAAACCUAUACUCCUCCAGUCAAGCGAAGAGUCAUUGGAACUGCUUUUUCAAGGCUGGGACCGCCUCGUUUGGCUGGACGAGACCGAGUGAAGGCUGACAGUGGUGAUGAAGAGGACAUGCCCAACAAGCCAGCUGUUCAGUCUUCAGUGGUGAAUGUAAUUGCCUCUAAGACACCUAGAUCUAGAAAAGAAAGCAUUGAAGGCCAAAGUUCAGACAGAAAAGGCAAAGCCAGAAACAAGAGAAUGUUUGGAUUGCUUCUUGGGACCUUACAGAAAUUUAAGACAGAAGCCAAGGAAACUGAAGAUAGGGAAACACAUAGGAAAGAAAUUGAAAAGAAAUUAGAAGAUAAGUUUAAACAAGAGAAAGAAGAGAUCAUUAAGGAAAGAAGACAAUUGUUUGAGGAGAGAAAACACCAGCAAGCUAAAAUCCAGAGACUGGAGCAGAAAAUGGAGCUAGUUGAUAUGCAUGAAGAGUCCGAGAAAGAAGUUAAAAAGUUGGUCAACUUUCUCCGCACCAAAGCAAAACCACACAUUUACUACAUGCCAAAAAUCAUGAAUGAAACCCUGGCUUCAAAAUUGGAAGAUUCUAAGAAAGCAGUAGAAGAAAUGAUAAAGGAGAGGAAGAAGAGACUUGAGGAAGAAAUAGAGAGGUUGAUGGCAGAAGACAUUCCUGAGGAUCAUGAACAGAGUGAGGAGGAGGGAGAAACAAAGGAGAAAACCGAUAAAGAAAACAUGGAGAACCUGAGACGCAGGAGUCACUCAGGUCACAAGGACCGGGGCAGUGACCCAAGUCCCAAAAAAGGCUCGGAAUCCUCCAAAAGGGGGUCACCUAGAAAGGGUGGGGAAAGUAGUGAGGGUAGGAGGAAAAGUCACGAGGGGGAGUCUCGUAGGAGAGUCUCUGAUGAGGGAGUUAGGAAGCGACGUAAGUCGUCCACUGAUAGACACGAGGGGUCCAGUAAGUAUCGGAGAAAGAGUGAUGGGGAGGGGGGUCACGAUAGACGCAGCAGACGGGACAGUCAUAAGUCAAGGAAAGACGAUGUUCCCAGGGAGGUGAAGAUCAAUUACGAUGAUCCCGAGGUGGAGGAAGAAGAGAGCACUAAAGGUGAGUCAGAGGUCAAACCUCCGGAGCCAAAGAAGGUGGUGGAGUCAACUGAUUUGGCAGACAUCCAGCUGCCAGAAACCAGGACUGAGACAGAUGAGAGGAAGAUCGUGAUGGCUGAAGACGCAGAGGAGGGAGAGGAGGGGACGUCAAUGGACGCAGUGGAUGAGUGAGGUGUGUGUUGAGUGAAUGUAGUGUUCUUAAUGAGGAUUCAUAGUAUAGGGGAAAGGUAAGUAUAGCAUGUGUCUGGGUCUGUAAGGGAAUGAAAGAGAGAGAGAAUCUUAGUUCUGUGAGUCAUUCUGUAAGAGUGAUAGCAGCCAUGACCAACCGUGAAUGUUAGUAAUAUUGACUGGACCUCAUCAAGGAAAUGACAUUAUAAGAAUGUGCUUUUCAGAAAAGAACUUUCAAAAUAUGUAUUUUGAAAAAACCCUUGGGGAAAAGACCAAUUGUAAAUAAACUCUUGAAUUGCAUUUUUGUAUUUAAUUAAUGGCAAUACAUAAUAGUAGUUUCAAACUUGCCUACAUGUUUAGGCUGUUGUGAUUUUGAACUGAAUAUUUAAAGCCAUGUAGAAUUCCAUUUUAAUGUUCAAGUUUAUUUUAUUUAAGAAGAUUUACAAUAAAUUUAAAAAUAUUGGUA